UUUGAAAAAAAAAAAUAAAAGUGCUUGAUCAAAAUGUCCAAUCAAAUGGAGUUUAUUAUGCAACUUUAUAUGAUGAACUUGCUGCAACAGCAACAGCAGCAGCAGCAGCAACAGCAACAACAGCAGCAGCAGUUGCAACUGCAACAGCAACAGCAGCUGACUGGAUACACUUACACACAGAACGAGGAUAUCUCGAGCAGCACUUGCAUGCAACAACUGCAACACGAACAGCAGCAACAGCAACUGCAACAGCAAGAAAUUCUCAAGACAAGAACGCACAAAAGAAUUAGCUCGCAAAACACCAACAGUAGUAGUAGCCGUAGUUGUAGUCCCAAUAGUAAUUUGAUUGCUUUUCAAAAUCACACACCCGCCACACCUAACAACAACAACACACAGAGCCUUGUCGGUCAAAUGUUGCUCAACACCCUGCCGCCGCUGACACAGUUAAUGUUGCAGCAACAGCACCAGCAGCAGCAACAUUUUCUGGCAACAUCAAACCUUCUACUAACCCCCAACAAUACCCCCAACUCGAUGGUCAAGCAGGAGGCACAGUUGCAACAUCAGUUGCUCCUGAGCCAAUACGCCAGCUCCCUGCAAACCGAGCAAUAUUCCACAAAUAAUUUUCUGCAAUCCUCCACAGUGACAUCAACGCCAAUCGAGAAGACAGUGCAACAUGCCGCCGCCGCCUCUGAAGCUGAAGCAUCACUUGGAGGAGCAAUGGCAGCCACCCAGGGGGCGCAUGUUGCCGACAAUCUUUCGGCGGUCACGGUUAAGUUUGAGCAGGAUGAUGACGAGGAGGACGAGGACGAUGACAAGCCGUUGUCCAGCCUGCACAGCUGCAGCUCCUCGGGCGUGGCAAGCAACAGCACCCACACCAAUGCCAGUUCCGAGAAGCUGCUGAUGCUGUCGGGCGUGCAACCGCUGGAGUCAACCACGGAUAGUGUUGACUCGCCCAGCAUGUACACGCCCGUUAAGCAGCCGGCAGACUCAUCGUACAACAUCACGCCCGUCGAAAGCGAACCCACCCCCUAUACCACCCCCCUUCAACAGUCCCAGACACCCGCCUCCCUACUCACUCCCCCGUCCAGCGAGCAGAGCAAGAGCUUGGUCAGCCUCUCGGCGGCCAGUGGCCUGGACGCUCUGCUCCAGAAUGAGGAUAGCCUGAAGAACCUGCGCAAAGUGUCCUCCUACCUGGAGUGCGAUAACACCCUCUGCCGGCAGGAGAAUCUGCGGGAGCACUUCCACUGCCACGAGGAGCCGUGCCAGGGCAAGAUCCUGAGCAAGAAGGAUGACAUCAUCCGGCACCUGAAAUGGCACAAGAAGCGCAAGGAGAGCCUCAAGCUGGGCUUCGCCCGGUUCUCCUCCGCGGACGACUGUGCCCCGGCCUAUGGAGAGGGAUGUGCCUACAACUGGAAACAGACCCACUACCACUGCGUCUACGAGCACUGCCCCAAGGUCUACGUCAGCACCAGUGAUGUACAGAUGCAUGCCAACUUCCAUCGCAAGGACUGCGAGAUCGUAAACGAGGGAUUCCGACGGUUCCGGGCACACGAGAACUGCCGGAUCGAGGAUUGCCCCUUCUUUGGCAAAAAGAUAUCCCAUUAUCACUGCUGUCGCGAAGGAUGCAAUCACACCUUCAAGAACAAGGCCGAUAUGGACAAACACAAGACUUACCACCUGAAAGACCACCAACUGAAAAUGGACGGCUUCAAGAAGAUCCUGAAGACCGAGGUGUGUCCUUUCGAUGCCUGCAAGUUCUCCUCUGUCUGCAACCACAUUCACUGUGUCCGUGAGGGAUGUGACUACAUCCUGCACUCCAGCAGCCAGAUGAUCAGCCACAAGCGGAAGCACGAUCGCCAGGAUGGAGAGCAGGCCUACCAGCAGUUCAAAACCAAGCAAGAGGAUACGGGGGAGAGCUCCUUGGAUGCCACACCACAGCAGCCGGUUGCCGUGAAUGGGUCAGCGCCAAUGCAGAUUGGUACUGGGGGAACUAACACCUCCACACCACUGUCCUCCCUGUCCGCCGAGCAUUUCUUGUCCAGGAAGCGUGGCAGGCCGCCAAAGAAAAUUCAACUCCCCGCUGAUGCCCAACAGCCCGAGGCCAAGCGUUUCAAGAUGGAGGAGGAUCAAUCUGCCAAGCUGCCAGCCUCCGGACUCUAUCCCGGCCUGCUGCCAGCUGCCUCCGCUCCUGUAGUGGGUCCCAGUGCCCCCAAUUUCCAGCUCACCCACCUGAUGGCCCUCUUCCAGCUGCAGAACCCGCUCUUCUACCAGAAUCUCUAUCCCGGCAUGACCCAGAAUCCUUCGAUGCUGGGAAAUCUGGCGGCCCUGGGAGCCGCUUCGGCAGCUGCGGCGGCGGCGGCAGCAGCGGCGGCCAAUGGAGUCCAGCAGCCCAAGGCGAAAUUUAGUUUUAAGCCAGAAUUUAAGGAGUAGAAAGGAUGCAUGUCCUUAGUUUAAGGAAAUAAUUAGACUCACGGACUAAGGACGACUUUGUAAAUAAGAGCUUUAAGCAGGAGUGUACAGUAGUAGGAUUAGGUUUUUGGAAAAGGAUCGGGAUCAGGACAUGUCAUCCUUUCCUCCAUAAAAGCCAACUCAUCCACACUUUGAAAACUUUUAAGGUUUCUUCCCCAAGGUGUUGCUGAAUUGGCUUUUCUUCCAAUCGAAUUAAUCGUUUCUUUGAGUGCCACUUUAAUUUUUAAAAUUUGCAGCCAUUUUAAAUAAAAAAGAAGAGAAAGUCUUGAAUUUUAGUUUGACUAAUACUGUGAUGUUUUUUCAUUAGGCUAGGCAGGAGUUUCAGGACUUGGGAGAUUUCUGUUACAAGUAGCCAGUAAGCACUUAAUUCUGUGUGAUAUACUAAUAAAAUAAUACAAAUUGUUUUUGCAUUUAAAACUAAGUAUGCUUUACAAUAAAAAAACCUAGAAACUGAGUUACUUACCU